AUGCACAACGUCCAAGGGCCUUCCAGCACAAGUGAAGGGCAAGGUUGGGUCCCACGACACCUCAGUGCUCAAAACAAUGGCACUCUCGUCCAGGUCAACCUCCUCAACCGGAGCCACAACAGUCGACAGAAGCGUUUCAACCGGGCGGCUACCCUCAGACUGAAGGUCCCUGAAGAUCACCUGCGGAUCGAGCUGUCGUCUGUGGGCGGCACCGGCUUGGAGCUCCAGUCCGCGGCCUCCGGUGCCGCGGCGCUGGCCAGCGAGGCCGCCUCGGCGGCGAAGGCGGCGGUGAAAGGAGAUGGCGAUGCAGCUCCCGCUGAGGGCCCGGGUGAGGCCGCGGAGGCCACCAAUCCUUCUCCAGAGACCACUGAGCCAGCAGAGGAGAAGAAGGAAGAAGCGGCAGCAGAAGGCGCGAGCCCACCAGCUGAGGAGAAGAAGGAAGAAACCGUCACCGCAGCACAAGACGUUCCGCCGGAGACCACCGAGCCUCCCGCUGAGGAGAAGAAGGAGGAGGCUCCAGCUGAAGAGAAGAAGGAAGAGGCUCCAGCUGAAGAGAAGAAGGAAGAGGCUCCAGCUGAAGAGAAGAAGGAAGAGGCUCCAGCUGUGGAUGCGCCGGUGGAGCCGCCGGCGGAAGCGGCGGCGGAGAAGAAGGAAGACGAGGUCUCUGGGGCAACACCUGCCCCAGCCGAGCCAGCCCAACCUGAAUCGAAGGACGAAGUGCCCGAUGCCGCAAACGCAGCUGAGCCGGGCGUUGAGGAGAAGAAGGAGGCAGAUGCUGCCUGA